GGCACUGAGCUCAGUGAGACACUGUGAGACGAGGAGAGGCAGAGCAACUAAAGUCAUGAUGAAGAUGAAGACCUUGUUGGCCGUGUUGGGUUUAUCCCUCUUCAGCCUGUGUGUGGCUGACCUAGAAGGAGACGAGCUUCCCUUUGUGAUGGAUGAUCAAUUCGGACCCUCCACUGUUGAGAUCACACACGUCGACGCAGACGCAGGAACAUACGACGCUUCAACAGGUCUUUUCACUGGAACAGUCAGCGGGAAUUAUCACUUCAGCUUCUCUUCUGAAGACUGCUCACCUCGGCUGCUGACGCUGCGCCUGCUGAAGAAUGGAGAACCGAUCCCAACUGUGUUCGACCACAGAGCUGGAAGCAAUGGCAUGGUUGUACAUCUUAAUGCGGGAGAUCAGGUGGCCAUGGACUUCAGAAUCAGUGUCCAUGUCCAUGUCCAUGUCCAUGUCCAUGUCCAUGUCCAUGUUGGACUCAGUGCCAGGUUUAUUGGCAUAUAAGUUUUAAACAUACUAGAGAUUUGUUUGGUAAAUGACAAACACUUAACAGCAAGAUAACAUUAAUGGCGUAGUAUCAGAAUCGAUAAACCUGCUGUGAAAUCUUUGAUUGCACUUUGAUAUGUCAAAUGCAAAACAAGUUUAAAUUUUUUACAUUUGGAGAACCCUUAAAAUACCAUUAAAUCAUUUGCAAAGUGAAAUUUUCUUUUCAUUAAUAAAUUCAGUAACUUCAACU